AAUGUGGAUUUUAGACCGCGUCGAUGCUGUAGCCGAACCUGCGACUGUUGCGCCUGUCCUGAUCCCACCGCUGUCAUUCUCUCAUAUCAUCUGUGUUAGCAAUAUGAACUUGCUCCAAACCCUCGAUCGCCUCUUUUGGACGGCCGUCAGCUAUCCACUCGUUGUACUCUACGUUUUCUUACAGGACAUCCUGAGCCUUGUUUUCGCUCCCACCCCCCCGCCGCCCAAUAAGGGUGCGAAGCUCCAGCGUCCCCGAGUUGCCAUCAUUGGUGCCGGCCUGACCGGUGUCUCUUCCGCUGCUCAUUGCGUGGGCCACGGUUUCGAUGUCCAGAUCUUCGAGGCUCGCUCGAAGGCAAAGGGUUUAGGUGGUAUUUGGAGUAGAGUAAAUACAACUUCCGCCCUUCAGAUUCACAGCAUCAUGUUCCGAUUCCAUCCGUCAGUCAGAUGGGAGAGUGCAUACCCGAAGCAGGAGAAGAUUAAGGGUCAAAUUAUCUCCCUGUGGGACCGGUAUGGCCUCGAGGACCGCACGUUAUUUAAUACACCGGUCAAGUCUCUAAGGCAAAAUCGUAACGGAAAAUGGGUCAUCAACGAUGCUGAAUCAAAAUAUGGCGAUUUUGAUGGCGUCAUCGCCGCCAUUGGCAGCUGUGGUGACCCUAAGAUGCCUUCGCUUCCAGGCCAGGAGAAUUUCAGAGGCCAAAUAUACCAUUCGUCUAAUCUGGAUGGAAAAGACGCCAAAGGUAAACGCGUUAUGGUGAUCGGAGGUGGCGCUAGUGCCAUCGAAGCCUUGGAAUGGGCUGUGGAGGCUGGUGCUGCUAGAAUUGACGUGCUCUCUCGUUCCGAUAAGUGGGUUAUCCCGCGAAAUGUCAUCGUUGACGUCCUACUGGCAUGCAAUAUUCUCGGUCAAGAGACCCGUUUGUCGUGGAUUCCUGAAACCUUGCUUCGGAAGUUCUUCUACCGUGAUCUCGAAGAUAUCUCUCCCUCCGAUAAAGGGGUCUUCAUGGACACGCCUACCGUCAACUCGCAGUUAUUCCAGCUGAUUCGUGAAGGUAAAGCUCGCUGGCUUCGAGGCGAUGUCGUCACCGUGGCCAAAAAUGGUAUCCGCUUUAAUCAUCGUGCCAGAGGCGUGCCCAAGUCUGGACCGGGCCACGAUAUAUUCGUUGAGGGGGACAUCAUCAUAAUGGCGACCGGAUUUACCAGGCCGUCGCUCUCGUUCCUCCCGUCGGAAGCAUUCAAGUCCCCCUAUGGCCCUCCUAAUUGGUAUCUCCAGGUAUUCCCGCCUGGCUUCCCCAGUAUUUGUGCAAACAACAGCACAUAUAUCCAUGCCAUUGCCACAGCUGGCAAUUACCACAUUGGUAUUUACACUCGCAUGCUCCUCAUGUUCCUUGUGGACCCUUUGACCCGCCCCACGGACUUCUGGAUGAAGCGCUGGAUAGAUAUGACAAGACUUCUGAAAAAUUUUGCUCCCACUGGAGCUUUUGAUUUCUUCACUUAUUCCGAACUCCUGUAUUGGUUUGUCUUUGUGGUUUUAGUUAACCCAUUUAGGUGGAAGUGGGCAUUUUUUGUUUUUAUGGGCAUCGGGGUUGCUUUGCCGAUGGCUGUAGUCAAAACAGAGGAAGGGCUAAUAGAAGAGGUACAUUUGAAAUAACAUGGGAUAACCAUGGUUAACCCAAAUUUCUUUCUUUCUUAAGAUUUAAUGUUGAAUAUGGACUGUGAAAAUGAUGUGCAGGAGUGAUGAAUACCUUGGUGAUAUUUUGCAUAGAUCAGGUUCAUUUUUGGCAUAGUAUCAUACAAGUGGAAUCAAUGCUGCGGAGCCAGUUGCUUGUUAAUAAUGAUGAUAAUAUAAAGUC